AUGCCUCCAUCCCUAGACGUUGACCCUCCCAUAGAGGAUGAAUACGAUGAAGAGGCCGACAGCGACUUUCAAGAAGAUGAAGUCGGCGACGAUGACAUCUCCUCCACAUCCGAAGACGACCGCACCGAGGAGGGCGAUAUCUCUCAGAGACCUCGUAAGAGGCGGAAGAUAGAGAAUGUUCAGUCAGUUCCCAUCGCCGAACUUGACUCAGGUGAUGAGGCUACAAUCAAAGAGCAAAAAUUCUCUCGCAAGAAGCGCCCAAAACAGGACAACAAUGAAAAUGAGAGUGGUAACGAGUCGGAGGGAUGGCGAGCCCGAACACGCGCCAUGCGGACAAAGGAGAAGGAGGAACGAAGAAGAAACAAAUUGGCAUCCGUUAAGGGCAGCACCAUCGAUGUGGACAAGAUAUGGGAGGAGAUGAACAAGCCACAACCACUACAUCCACCUCAUGUGCAACACGAGCGCAAUGACAUACUGGACGACAAAGCGAUCGCAAAGCAGUCGACCAACGCGACAGACGGAGACUUGGAAAAGGAGAAUGUACCGACAAUGUAUUCAGAAGAAAUGAUAACUAUCAAGCGCACCUAUAAAUUUGCUGGCGAAGUCCACGUCGAAGAGAAGAAUGUCCCCAAGUCUUCCGCUGAAGCGCAGCUCUGGCUAGCACAGCAACGGUCGGCAAAGGCACCCACGCUUGAUGGGGACAACAAGAUCCUCAACAGGCCGCUUCGGAAGAUUUCUCGCUUUGAUCCUAAUUUCAGCAAUCUGGCCGCCUUCCAGUCGUCCUGGAUCAAACAGAGUGCAGAAGCAGGCGCUCACUCCGGGCCCAAGCUCAACGUGGUGGAAAAGAGUAAAAUGGACUGGGCAGUACAUGUGGACGCUGAGGGGCUAAAGGAAGAGCUGGAUGUACAUGCCAAAGCAAGAGAUGGCUACCUCAGUAGAAUGGACUUCUUAAGGGAGGUAGAAGGUCGCAAAGAGGCAGAAGCGAGAGCGGCAAGGCUGAGAACUGCAUGA